CUUCACCCCUUAGUACCCAUCCACCCAACUACAUCAGCCCACAAUGUCCAACGCUCCCCCCGCCAACCUCACCGACAUCCCCAAGAAGCACAAGGCCGCCGUCUACGACAAGCCCGGCACCUUGAGUACCAAGGUCGUCGAGGUCGACACGCCCGAGCCCGGACCGGGAGAGGUGCUCGUCAGGCUCACCCACUCGGGUGUCUGCCACUCGGACUACUCGGUCAUGGUCAACGGAUGGAAGGCGCUUCCCUUCCCCACUCCUGAGGGUCAGGUUGGUGGCCACGAGGUUCGCGGCCAGUUGUUCUUCUACCCGCCUGCUCCUGGGGCUGGCGGUAGCCGCCGGCGCCGCCGGCGCCACCGCCGCCGCGUCGUCCCGUCCCGAACGCUAUCGAACUCUAUGCUCACACCCCCAGGCGUCGGCUUCGUUGCCAAGCUCGGCCCUGGCCUCGACAAGUCGCCCGUCAAGGUCGGCGACCGCGUCGGCAUCAAGUGGGUGUCUGCCAUCUGCGGCGCGUGCCCCGCCUGCAUGCACGGCCACGAUGCGCUCUGCCCCAACAACAAGGUUUCGGGCUACUACACGCCCGGCACCUUCCAGGAGUACGCUGUCGGCCCGGCCGACUACGUCACUCCCGUCCCUGAUGGACUCGACUCUGCGCUCGCCGCACCCAUGCUCUGUGCGGGUGUCACUGUCCACUCUGCGCUCAAGAAGGCGCAGGUCGCCGGCGGCAAGUUUGUCGUCGUCAUGGGCGCCGGCGGCGGUUUGGGCAACAUUGCCGUCUCGAUCGCCGCCAAGGGUGUUGGCGCGCGUGUCAUCGGCAUCGACCACGGCAGCAAGGAGAAGCUCGUCAAGGACGCCGGCGCCGAGUUCUUCAUCGACUUUACAAAGGUCACCGACGUCGAGAAGGCCGUCAAGGACGUCACUGAGGGCCUUGGCGCGCACGCCGUCCUCGUCCUCACCGCCUCGAACCAGGCCUACGCCCAGGCGCCCAUGCUCUGCCGCUUCGGUGGCCGCGUCAUCUGCGUCGGCAUCCCCGAGGGCGAGCUCCAGCCCAUUGGCGGCGCCAUCCCCGCCGUCAUGAUCUUCAAGGAGCUCACCAUCACCGGCUCGGCUGUCGGUAACCGCCUCGAGGCCAUCGAGACGCUCGACUUUGCCAAGCGCGGCAUUGCCACCAGCAAAAUCCGCCUCGCCAAGCUCGAGGACCUCACGUCCGUGUUCCAGGAGAUGCACGACGGCAAGAUUGAGGGCCGUGUUGUCAUCGAGAUGUAA